UCUAAUCACUCUCUCUCUUUCUCUCUCUACUCCCCAGGCCCAGAUUUAAAUCACAACCUAGAGAGAGAAGCCAAAACAAACCCUCUCUACAAAACCAAAAGCUCUCCACACUCUUCUCUCUCUAUUUCUCUCUCUACAUUUUCUCAGACUCUCUCCUCCUCCCUCAUCUCUGUACUUGUGAUUUGAAACCCUAGCAUUUCGGAUCCCGAGCUGCAUUUGGAUGUGAAGGACCUCCCUCCAGAUCGGGUUUGUAUUCAUGGAGGAAGUUUCCGGCGACGGAGCGUCUCCGAUGACGGAGUACGGCGGCAAUGGACUGCCGCCGGGGUACAAUCCGACGCCUCCGCCGCCGCUGACGGUGUCGGGAUCGUUCAAGGAUGGGAAGAGCUCGUCGCGGAGGAGAGCAAUCAGGAGGCCGAGCAUGGACGGCGACGAGUUCAUUAACCUACUGCACGGGUCGGAUCCGGUCAAGGUGGAGCUCAAUCGGCUUGAGAAUGAAGUCAGAGAUAAGGACCGGGAGUUGGGAGAAGCGCAGGCGCAGAUCAAGGCUCUGAAGCUCUCUGAAAGAGCCAGGGAAAAAGCUGUUGAAGAGCUCAGUGAUGAACUGUCAAAGGUGGACGAGAAGCUUAAGUUAACGGAAUCUCUUCUGGAAAGCAAAAAUCUUGAAAUCAAGAAGAUCAAUGAUGAGAAGAAAGCUUCUAUGGCAGCUCAAUUCGCAGCUGAAGCUACUCUACGUAGGGUUCACGCUGCUCAAAAAGAUGAUGAUAUGCCUCCAAUUGAAGCCAUUCUCGCACCUUUGGAGGCUGAGCUCAAGCUUGCUCGACAGGAGAUUGCAAAGCUUCAAGAUGAUAACAAAGCUUUGGAUCGUCUCACCAAAUCAAAAGAAGCAGCUUUACUUGAGGCUGAGAGGACUGUGGAAGUUGCCUUGGUUAAGGCCUCCAUGGUGGAUGACCUUCAAAAUAAAAACCAAGAGUUGAUGAAACAGAUCGAAAUUUGCCAGGAAGAAAACAGAAUUUUAGAUAGAAUGCAUAGACAAAAGGUUGCCGAGGUUGAAAAGCUUACGCAGACUGUGCGAGAGUUGGAAGAGGCAGUUCUUGCUGGUGGUGCUGCGGCCAAUGCAGUCAGGGAUUACCAGCGGAAGUUCCAGGAGAUGAAUGAGGAAAGGAAAACUCUAGACCGGGAGUUGGCCCGUGCAAAAGUAACAGCAAACAGAGUAGCCGUAGUGGUAGCAAACGAGUGGAAAGACGCUAACGACAAAGUCAUGCCUGUAAAGCAAUGGCUUGAAGAACGGAGAUUCUUGCAGGGAGAAAUGCAGCAACUUCGGGACAAGCUUGCCAUAACUGAAAGAGCUGCCAAGUCAGAAGCUCAGUUGAAAGAAAAAUAUCAUAUGCGACUUAAAGUGCUUGAGGAGAGUGUGAGAGGAUCUUCUAACAUUAGUCGAAGCACGGCAGAAAGAAGUACAAGCAAUGGACCCUCUCGACGUCAGUCUCUUGGUGGAGCGGAUAACAUUCCAAAAUUAUCUUCCAAUGGCUUUUUAUCCAAGAGAACACCAGUCAGAUCCUUGUCCUCCAGCACCAGUUCAGUCUUGAAGCAUGCGAAGGGCACUUCCAAAUCAUUUGAUGGUGGUACUAGAUCACUGGACAGGGACAGGGGUAAGGUUCUUUUAAAUGGUCCAAGCCCCACUUUCUCAGUCAACCAAUCUUGUGAGGGAACCAAGGAUGGGGAAGCACAAAAUAACUGGAAAGGAAAUUCAGACGAUAAGCCAAAUGAGUUCUCAACCGUAGAUACAGAGGAUAAUGUCCCGGGGGUUUUGUAUGAUUUGCUACAGAAAGAGGUUGUAGCUUUGAGGAAAGCUGGCCAUGAGAAAGAUCAAAGCCUGAAAGAUAAGGAUGAUGCUAUUGAGAUGUUAGCCAAGAAGGUUGACACCUUGACUAAAGCAAUGGAGGUUGAGGCCAGGAAAAUGAGAAGAGAAGUUGCCGCUAUGGAGAAGGAGGUUGCUGCCAUGCGUGUGGACAAAGAACACGACAAUAGGGCGAAGCGGUUUGGUAGUGCCAAAACCUCUGCCAACAGUGCUCAAGUGCUUUCUGGAAGAGGUCUGUCACGAGGAGGGUUGACGCGCAGCACCCAAUAACGAAACCACAAGUGCCGAAAAGGUGUUAGGGCAUGUGCCUUGUUCUUCCUUCCAGUUACCACUUAUUUUAUGUCCCCCACCCCCCUACUGUGAUUGUAGUUGGCAUGCCAACGCUGGCAAGAGAGAACAUCCAGAAAAGAGAUCGAACUCUGAGAAAGCGUUGUGCUUCUGACAUAGAUUGGUAUUCCCAUGCUUAGAAAUCAGCCAAGAAAGAGAAAGGGAAGAAACAUUAUUGACUUUGGGCUAACCUUUUGUGAGGUAUCGCGAGUGGGCAAUGGUUGUGUGUUGUAUAGGUAGCUUAUUUGGCUUUAACUUUGUUCUUCGUUUUGCAGUUUAUAUUUGUAAUUGCAGCUAGUGUGGUUGUUUGUUCAUAUUCUUGUAACCAGAUCAAGAUCAGAUCUUUUGUGGUUGUGUUAAUUCAUCUAUAGUCCACUGUUGGUUAUAUAUAUAUCUGGUAUGCUUAAGUUU